AUGGUGUCCCAACCAGAUCAGCCCUCUUCAGGCUCUAACACAGCUUCCAACGUCUCAUCACGUCGUGGACACCAGCACUCUGCAUCUGUCGUCUCGCGGCCAUCGCUCUCCCGCACCAAGCGAUACAACCGUUCACACACCGGCGGUCGUUCCUAUGUUCCUCAGAAUGAGUUUCCGGUUUUUGCGCACAGCGGUGAUGUCGAGAUUCUCAUCCGCGUCGGGGCAGGUGCUGAUACCACUACGCAACGCUACCUCUUACACCGGCACACCUUGACAAGGUGUAGUGGAUUCUUUGAAGCGAGCACUUCAAUGGAGUGGUCCAAGGCGCGACCACUGCUGGCGGGGGGUAAUGAACUGGCCCGUAUCGGUGAGGAGCCGCCGUCCACCUUGGACAGUAGUGACUCGGACCGGUUUGCUGUUGGUGGUGUUCCGGGAUCUGGUGCUUCAACCCCAAGAAAGAGGUGGAGGUAUGAACUCGACACUGGUGCUGGCGAGGGCGAUAUUCCCAUGUUGGUACAAAAGGAAGAGACAACACCAUCAGCAGACUCUCAUCCAUCAUUUUCUUCACUAUUCGGCUCGGCUUCUGGGUCCAACACCAAGUCCGCUUCACGAUCAAAACAUGGCCCGCCCACCACCAACCAUGUCUCCUUCUCGCGCUCUGUUGCCAACCUGGCGGUGACUCCUAGCAUGUCCCAAGAAGAGGAAGACCUCCUACGCGACUACGAUAAUCUGUUUCGCAUAUUUUACAACUACUCUCCCAUGUUGGAUGGCGUCAAUGUCGCAGAUGCCUAUGUCCAGUGCAAGUCACUCCUCGCUCUCGCUGAUCAGUACGACGCUCUGGCUGUGGUCGGGCCUCGGGUCGACCACCACUUGCUUCAAUUCCAAUCCCGGCUAUGGAAGCAAAUCGCGAAAUACCCGAUUUCGUACCUGCGCCUGGGGUAUCUUGCUCGAAGCAAGGUCAUCUUUCAGGAGGCCCUCAUUCAUGUUGUCGGCCAAUGGCCGGUGGGGGAGCGCAGUAUUCGUGCUGCGCUUCCUGAUGUUGUUCUCGACAUCAUCGAGGACAAAGUAGACGAGCUCGAAGAAAUCAUCAGCCGAGUAGAAGGGCGUCUCUUUCGGCUCACUCUCACCGGUGCAAAAGGAGAGCGUGUCACUCCUGGGAGCAACUACCUCGAUUGGCUCGUCGUGAGUCUCUUCCGUCAGUGGCUUGCAGACAAUACAUCUCCUCAGCCAUCACCUGAACGGCAUGGCAACAGCCGAAGCAGCAACCGCCCUCCCGCUCCACCGCCGCCGGUCCCACCACUGACCUCUAUUGGGCGGGCCUAUCGAACCCUGGGGUCCGGAAACCCAAGCACAUUUCUUAACCACGAGGACUGCAAGAAGUUCUUGAAACUCACCCCGGAGCUGUAUCGUCGCGACAACCUACGCCGGUUCGAGAAACGCAUGGAUGAAAUGAAGGCCAUGGCACGAGACCUCGUUCGUCCCCUUCUUGGAAGUGGGCUAGAGCUCGACUUGGCCGGCCCGAGCAGGACCUCUGAGGGGAUAAGCUACCUGACUUGCACGGCUGUAGGCAACCGUGAUCUCCCAUGGCCUGCAGAAGGAUAA